GAUGGGAGGAAGGGAGGAGGGGAGGGGGGCAAGAGAGAGAUUUACGAACUGAUAGGUGGUCGCGUUUUGUUUGGCCGCGCGGCUGCGCGCAGAAGAGGGUCCCGCAGCAGUGAGUUUCCUCCUCUCUUUAAGGGCUUGCUUAGUCCUCGCCAUGGCCACCAAGACAGCAAGGACGAUUGGCAGUCUAGGGGACACGUAGCUGGAGCUACAGCGGAUCCAAACUGGGCGCAUAAAUUUACCCGUUACGCACCGUUUUUUUUUGCGCAUUGACCUCGCUAGAAACAACACACAGCUUUUAAGAGACAUUUUGGAGAUACAAGGCGCGUCCAGAUUUUGGCUUAAAUCAGCAUUUUCGCGUUUGAACUCAGCUGUUAAAAACUGCUUUGAAGAUACAUUUGGAGAUACGGUCGAGAAGAAUUUGGCUUCAUAACGAAAGCAUCCCAACUUCAUAGUGAUUGGAAAUCUGGUCAUUUCCUUCUUUUUUGAGGUUCUUUGUUUGUUUGUCUGCAUCCUGGAUCACGCAGCGAUGACCACCGAGACGUCCCAGCAACAGCUGGACCCACCGCCUCCUCUCCGCUCGAGUCCCGUGUCAACCGGAUCGCUUCACUCGGCGCUCCAGAGCUCGACAGCGGCAGGGACGACGGCAGGCGCCAAAGCCAAAAAGUCCAACUCGGGCAUGAGGCGUCCGGAGAAACCGCCGUACUCCUACAUCGCCCUGAUCGUGAUGGCCAUCCAGAGCUCACCCACCAAAAGGCUCACGCUCAGCGAGAUCUACCAGUUCCUACAGGCGAGGUUCCCCUUCUUCAGGGGCUCCUACCAAGGCUGGAAGAACUCGGUGCGCCACAACCUGUCCUUGAACGAGUGCUUCAUCAAAUUGCCCAAAGGCUUGGGCAGGCCGGGCAAGGGCCACUACUGGACCAUCGACCCGGGCAGCGAGUUCAUGUUCGAGGAGGGCUCGUUCCGCCGCAGACCGCGCGGCUUCCGCAGGAAGUGCCAGGCCCUGAAGCCGGCCAUGUACCGCGUGAUGAACGGCAUCGGCUUCGGCGCCCCAGUGCUGCCCCAGAACUUCGACUUCCAGUCGCCGCCCGCCUGCCACGCCAACGGCUACAGCCUGGACGCCAUGGCCAACGGCUACGGCUUGGACGCGAUGGCCACCGGAGCGCCGCAUCACGUGCCUCACGUGUCGCCCGGCCCGGGAUCCGCGUAUAUGACGGCGUGCCAGGUGACUCCAGGUGGAGAGUACGGCCCAGCGGACAGCAACAGCAGCCCACUGCAUUCCUCCACGGCCGUGGCAGGGGCUCUGGAGUGCCCGUCCGCGCACUGGACUUCGACCGGCGUGGCCCCCUACAUCAAACAGCAGCCGCUGGCCUCCAGCAGCAGCAGCAGCCCGACCUCCUCCGCGCUGCACUCCGGCAUGUCCACCUAUUCACUGGAGCAGAGCUAUCUGCACCACAGCGGCAGGGACUCGACCGAUAUAGCAGUGGGAAUACCUCGCUACCAGACGCAUUCUUCUUCAGUCUGCGACAGAAAAGACUUUGUGUUGAACUUUAAUGGCAUCGCUUCUUUUCACCCGACCGCCGGCGGCUCCUACUACCACCACCAUCAUCAUCAGCUUCAUCACCAGGGCGUCUGUCAGGACGUGAAGCCGUGUGUGAUGUAGGGCGGAGAAGGAAAGCCAGAAACGGGCCACGAAACGUGGACUGAGUGUUGGAGCAGGUCUGGUCUGCAUGUCUGGGCCUGUUGAAGCCUCCGUUUGAGGGACACGCCGAAGAUGCCUCCAUUUACAACCGACUGAGGACACUCGUCUCAGAGUAUAAGUUAUGAAAAACGACGGAGUAGGCAAAAAAAAAAAAAAAACAUGGGCCUGUGUUUUGGAGUUUAAUACUUUUAUAGUAAUGCACUCUUUCUGGACGGUUCUGUGGUUCUUCGCAUAGACAAAUUACCACUUGGGAGCAACGCUUAGAUAUAAUGGGGAGGGGGGUGGGGGGUAGUUUUGUGCACAUCAACGACAUACGUUUGAUCGGCUCAUUUAUAUUAAGUUCACUCUAUAAAAAAAAAAAAUAAUAAUAAUAAUGAAAUAAAACCUUUGAUAACCUGGUUGGCUCAACAGCCGGCCAGCUACUGUAAAUUUACAGAUCUUAAUGUUAUCUGAAUCAAACUGGGCAGUUUAAUUGACAAAAGAGGGAAAAUUGCCAUUAAUAAAAUAGACAGAUUUUUUUUUUUACAGUGAUUUGAAAUGAUCACACGUCUCUGUUUUGUUAAGACAAAGGUUUUAUCAAUAAGAGUGAAGCUGAGAAAGCGAAAAUAAGGGACGUUAAAAGAGUAAACCCGACGGAUAUAGAGCUCCCAUACUGCAUAUCAGAAAUAUGGAAAAAUGGAAAUUCAGAAAAAAACGGAAAUUCAGAAAAAACGGAAAUUCUGAAAAAAACGGAAAUUCAGAAAAAACAGAAAUUCUGAAAAAACGGAAAUUCAGAAAAAAACAGGAAUUCAGAAAAAAACAGAAAUUCAGAAAAAACAGAAAUUCUGAAAAAAACAGAAAUUCUGAAAAAACGGAAAUUCUGGAAAAAACUGAAAUUUAUAAAAAACAGAAAUUCAGCAGGUCUUUAGUUGGGCAUAGGUUCGCCACAAAAGCACAGGAGCCUAUUUGCAUGCAGUCCACCAAACUGAGAAGCCUGUCUUUUGUGAUUGCUCUCCAACUUCUGAAACAUGCUUCUUGGAAAACAGUUGUUAGCAUUCUCUCUCUCUCUCUCUCUCUCUCUCUCUCUCUCUCUCUCUCUCUCUCUCUUUUCCUUUCUUUUCCAUCGAUAACCAGUAGCCACAGCAGCCGUCCUUUCCACUCUUUCUACAGGGUAUGACUGUGUAUGAUGUUUAUUUCCUUUCAUUUCCAAAUGUAAGACAGAAAGAAAUGCAUAAGGCAAUUGUAACAGAUAAUUACUGACUGCACUUAUUUUAUUCCAGCAGCGCGGCGAAGUCGUGCAGGUGUUUCCCGCUCACCCUGCAGAUUCUCCUGCGAGGCUGACCAAAAAAAAACGCAUUUAUGUACAGUUCAAUAAAGACUAUAUAUUCUCAAA